AUGACUACUCCGGCUGGGUCAGGGCCUGUGGCCCCUCUUCAGCUCACCCCGCUAGAGCGACCAGCCUUUGCUGCACUGUUCGCAGCCGCCGAUCCCGCCUCGAGUGGCAUCAUCACCGGAUCCUCGGCCGUUCAAUUCUUUUCCAAGUCCAGACCCGCGCUGGAUGGCACCGUUCUGGGCGCUAUCUGGAGCCUCGCAGAUCGCGCAAAUAAUGGUUUCCUGGGCAAAGCGGAAUGGGCCGUCGCAAUGCGUCUGCUCGGGCACGCCCAGCGUGGUACCGCGGCGGACCAAUUGGAAGGUAUGCUCUCCCAGCCUGGACCGCCGCCUAGCUUUGAAGGUGUCACGCUCCCGGGCGCUCAGGCUACGCCGACUCGGGCGAGCUCUGUUGCUCAAGUGCCACAAGUGUCGCCGGCAGAUCGAGCGCGAUAUACUCGCAUCUUUGCCAGCUCUGGACCUGUCAACGGUCUACUAGACGGCGAGAAAGCAAAGGGCAUUCUGGUCCGAUCGAAGCUCCCUUUCGACCAGCUUGGUCAAAUCUGGGGACUCGCGGAUACACGUUCUCGCGGUGCUCUGGACUUGACGGAUUUCAUCAUCGCCAUGCACUUCCUGCAAGCUUCGAUGAAUGGCUCCCUUGGUAGCGCUGGGCUUCCGGCGACCCUACCACCGGGUCUAUACGAGCAGGCCGCCGGAGGCGCUGCUGUCCCUCCCGGCAGUCCCUCUCGUGGCUUGACAGCGCAGCACACUGGCGGCAGUAUUCCCGGUGGUAUUCCGCGGCAGCUCACUGGGCAGGGAGCAAGACCCUCUGGUUUCUUGAGUCCGCAGCAGACGGGCGCUCCUGCUGCAGUGCCCACGCUGGCAGGCGACUGGCUCGUUAGUCCCGCAGAUAAGGCGAAGGCUGAUCGUUUCUUCGACGGGCUGGAUACCGAGCGUAAAGGUACGCUGGAAGGUCAAGCUGCUGUGCCUUUCUUCAUGCAGAGCGGCCUUCCAGAAGCAACUCUUGCCCACGUCUGGGAUCUGUCCGACAUUACUCAGUCUGGUAAUCUGAGCCGGGACGAAUUUGCUGUGGCAAUGCACCUCAUCAAUGGGGCUUUGACCGGAUCGCAACUGCCUCAAGAGCUUCCUGCUGGCUUGAUUCCGCCCAGUCUACGGGGGCGAGAUCUUCCGGCUGCCGUCAAUCCUCAAGAGUCUGACACCCAAAAAGAUCUGUUCAGUCUUAUGGACGACGACGAACCCACCGCACUUCCAGUGAAUCCUGCCAGUGCCUUUGUCAAGCCAACAUCUUCGGUAUCUGCUGUUCCGCCACCUCCCGCACCGAAGGGCACCGGUCCUUUCGACGACGACUUCUUCAGCGGGCCUGUGGCAGCUGCAGCUACCCCAAGCGCUCUGUCUCCUGCCGUCACCGGCAACAAUUCGGCAAUCCGAGCUGCAGCGUCACCUGUGCCGCCGGUUACCGACGCUUCGGCCGAGGUGGGCAACAAGAGACUGGCUCUGGACAGCACAAACAAAGCGCUCACCGGGCUGCAAAGUAAACGAGCCGAACUCGAGCAGACCGUAAGCACGAACUCUACAGAUAUCGCUGAGCUCGAAUCGCGUCUGACCGUCGUGCGAGCAACUCAUGACAAGGAGUCUGCCGCAGUGAAGACACUCCAAGAGAGGGCGACGUCGCAGGCAGCUGAGCUCAAGACGCUCCGCGAAGAGACGAUUCGGGCGGAAAGCGACCUUUCAGCUCUGCGAGCUGAAAAGGACGAGAUAGAGCAGACCGUGCUCCGCGAUCGCGAGGACGUGCGCGAUAUGAAGAAGCGUAUGGCAGAGCUGCAGGCCGAGAACAACACACUUCGUACUGCGCUCGAGAAGCUUCGAAAGGAAGCUCGUCAGCAGAAGGGAUUGACUGCAAUCUCGAGGAAGCAAUUAUCAUCUGCAGAGAGCGAAGGCGAUAAGCUC